AUGGCUGAAUAGUAACAAACUAAUCCUAUUAAGAUUUCAUCUAUAGAAGAAGUUAAAUAGUUUUGGGAAGAUAACGCCCAAUCUUACUUAAGCAAAGACUAAGCUCAUAAUGGUUUUUAUUUUACACUUAUAAAUAUGCUCAAGUUAGAAGAGAGAAAAAACAUCCUAGAAGUUGGCGCAGGUGGUGGUUUUCUCUACAAUCACUCAUUACAAAGAAAGCACCCUGAAGCUAAUUACUAUGCUACUGAUAUAUCUGAUUCAAUGCUUGAUACACUAUGCAAAAGAAUGGGAGGAUAAUACACUCCAACUUAAACAACUUAUAUUCCAAACUAUAAAUUGCAUAUUUCGAAUGCAAAUGGUGAAUAAUUGCCAUUCAAAGAUGAAACAUUUGAUUGCUAUAUUUGCAAUUUGUGCUUACAAAUUACUACAAAUCCUGAUAAAAUGUUAUCUGAGGCUAUUAGAGUGCUCUAAAAGGGAGGAUACGCAGGUUUUACUGUUUGGGGAGACAAAGAAAAAUCUAAGUUCUUUACCCUCUCCAGUAAAAUUCUAUCUGAAUAAUUUGGAAUAUAAGUUCCUUAAGUUAGAAACAGCUUCCAUUUAAAUGAUAAAAAUAAACUCAUAAAAUUGCUAGAAGAUGCUGGGUUUACUAAUAUAAUUUGUUGGAGCCAAUUUUAACCUUUUCCAUAUAUUGACGAGUAAGAUAUACAAGCCUUGUAUACAAUUCCUAGUAUUAAAGAUAGCUUAAAAAAGGCAGGAGACAAAUAAGAAGAGUUCAAGCAAGCCAUGAUCAAAGAAUUCCAGCAAAUAAUAAUUUAAAAUAGAGAACCCAUUGGUUUAGAUGGUUUGAUGAUAAUAGCCAAAAAACCUUGA